UGUAGUUGGUAAUAUACAACUCAUUUCCUGAAAGCAUGCAUCCGAUCUAUACUGUAUGAAACCAGGAAGUUAGUGUCCAUACUGAAAUGUUCAGUAUACUGAGGUGGACCCAAAAAAUGCAUACUGAAUGACCACUAAAGUUCAGUAUACUGAAAAGUAGGUACUGCCUACUGACCUGUGACUAUUCGGAAAGGGACUUGGAAACUCAGAGAAUCUUCAGUAGCCCGAGUUCAGACCAGAUCCAAAUAUAAAUUGUGCUGUAACUGUACGAACUGUCACCGGUAUCCACAGACUGCGCUGAUAGGGAUUAGCUCUAAAAUGGACCCAAAAAAUCCACAAGAGGAGUCAACACAGUGAUCCAAAGAGGGACCUUGAGACCAUCUUACCAGGGCCUGGGACCAGAUAAAGAAAACACAGCUGCAACAUAAAGAAGAUAUUCAAGUUGAAAAAGAGAAGAUGGAAGAAGAAAAAGCAGAAACGGCCAUCACCUCCUCUGCUGGGAGUGAGGCCGGCAGCAGUGAGCAAACAGCUGAAUCCUCACAGGUGGAGAAGAUAGAUUUAGACAGAAAAUACCCAUUAUUAAAUACAAGGUAUCAAGAGUGGUUAAAGAAUCUCAGACUUGACAAAUAUAGAGAAAGGGAUUUGACCUCAACCCCGUUAAAGGCCAUGUAUCUUACACAAGUGAAAAGAUCUGAGAGACAACUUGUCCAACCACUUCCUGUUCCUUCUCAAGAACCCACUAAAAAAAUGGGCAGACAUACAAGUCAACAAUUACUUAGAGCAGGGCCCUCUGUUCAGCUUUCAAGCAGCUGGAGCCCUUUCAGCAGUCCUGAAACCAGAAAUCAGAGGAGGGAGAAAAUGUUAUCCGAAAUACACAAUCAAUUUAUUGGUAUGUCAGGAGGAGGACUGUUGCCUGACCACAGUAGAACACCGACAUAUCAACACCAUCGUUUACAUUUGCCUGUAGAAAGGUCAGAUCCCUGCAACAUAAGCCUUCCUGAUUGUGGUUCAUCCACGCCCCUCCGCUGGUUUUCAUCUCCUCGGCUUGUUAGACCCUGGAAUACGGUUGCAGAUGACUCAUUACCUACAGAGCAGGAACAGUUGAAUAAAGACAAAUCUGAGUCAUUACACACAAAUGAAGAAAGUCAAACUUCCAUGUCAGACAGACACGCAACUAAAGAUGAGAAGAUUUUGGGACACAAUAAACAAAGUCAACAAUCAACUGAAUCAGGCUCCUCUCUUGUGUUUGGCAGGAGCCAAUGGGUGGAGAAAAGUAAUCAGCAGACAGCAUACUUUCCCUCACCUUACAAUCAGUGUAUUCUGAAUCAUCCAUCACAUUACUUGUCAGGAGGAGGAUGUGUGAUGUCAGGCUCACAGAACAAGUCUGCUCCAAGUCUUCCACAUGACCACUCACAUGAAACAUCAGACCAAUUUGUUUUCAAAAGUGUCUUCGCCAUGCUUCCUCUCAAAAGAUUUUCAUUACAGUUAGAAAGUAAGCCUGUGGGUGAUCAUCAUACACUCGAAGAGACGAGGCCUAGACGCUCUGCACUUGUUGAUUCUGAUCAGUGGCCCCGAUCCACUCCGGUUCCUCCUACAGAUUACUGUUCUUUUACUAGUUUGAACAUGGAAGCCCAGGCCUUAGAUCUCCAACAAUCAAGUGACACUGAAGAAAUUGGAGAUCUAUUUGAACGCUUGUCUUUCCAGUCUGAACAUAAGUCAGGAAGGGACAGUGCUGCUCAGGAAGAGCUGGAUGCAGCUGUUACAGCUGUGAGCUGCUCCGUCACAAACACCCAGCCAGCCCGUUCUCAGAUACAAACCUGCUCCUCAGGUCCUGUUUUCAGAGCUUAUGGAUCCUUACCUCGUUCUUACAGCUUCCCCUCACUGAGUCACAUGACCUCUGCAGACAACACCUUAACACGAGCUUGUAGUUUACCUGAGCUUUGGUUAGAAGCCAGCUGUGAGCAGUUUACACCUGAUAUCAGUGAUGAUGAAGACGAUGAAACCUACAGGUUCCAGUGCUCCUGCCCGGGCCUGUACCAGUGCAGCGUGACUGGCCUGGUGUUCCACAUGGAGCGUGAAGGGGACGUGGUCUACAGGACGGUCCCCUGGAACAGGAAGUUACUGUCCCAGCAUCACAAGCAGCCUGCAGGACCGUUGUUCGACAUCAAAUGUGAGCAGCAGAGUGUGUGUCAGCUCCACCUCCCACACUGCCAGAUCCGCUCCUCAGGCAGACCUCAGUUCUUGUUGGUGGCUCACGUGAAUGAAGAGGAUAUCGAGUUCAUUGUCCCUCAUAAGAUAACAGAAACUCACGUCAUCAUAAACAUCUCAGGCUUUUCUGGUUUCGGUGUCGUCAAGGACGAAGACUCUCCACCUGACCCGGUCCGAGCGCUGGUUCUGCUGUUCUACAGGCCCCCGGCUAAUCCCGAUCCCAGCUCCCUCCUCAAUGUGUUGUUGCUGCCGAGGAACGUGGUGCUCCGUGACGUGCUGCGCACCAGGAAGACGUUAGUUGGAGAUGAGAGCUACAUAGAGACGUCCCCACACUGUAAACUGCACCCACAGCAGGAUUACACUCUGUCCACCUGUCCUGAAGACGACACUGUUCUAGUGGAUCCAACAACAGCAGAGUUUGAAUGUGACAACUAUGACAACUACUUUCCAUCAUUCCAGGUGAAUUUAGAGCAGACCAUGAAACACAUUACGCUGGUUUUGAGACAUAUUACCGACUCCUGCAGCAUCUGGGAAAGACAAGUUUGUCUUUGGUCCUCUGGGUUAAACAGGUCCUGUGGGCCGAGCACCCUGAAACGGCCUGCAAACCAGAGGCUGUUUGCCAUACGGUGCAGCUUCAUUGAGGGGGUAUCAGCACCUGUCCUCAAAAGUCUGCUGGACAAACUGUUUGAGGAAACGGUGAUGAACGACUCUGAGCGGGAGUCAGCGGACGAGAUGCAAAACAAAAGAGACAAAGCUCGCUCCGUAAUCGACACGGUGAGGAAGAAAGGUGAUGCUGCGAGUUCAAAGAUGAUUAAGGCUCUCUGUGACCUCGACCACUUCCUCUGUGAACACCUGGGACUGAUCUGCAGCUGAAUGAAGAUGUUUGGUGUGGGACAUGGAGACCCAGGGGUUACUAACUGAUCUUUAAAAAUAUCUGUUGUAAGCUGAGUGCAUCAGGUGUGUCAUUUUAAAAUCGCUGAAUUCAGAAACGUUACAACUUGUCUUAUUUUAUAUCACAAACUGUUUUUUUUUUUUUAAACUAAUCAAGAUGUUUCAGACUCCUUUGUUAAUGCAUUGUGAUUGCUCAAGGAUUUUUACUAUGCAAAGUGCCAUUUUUACAUACAUUGCUUUUCUUUCUUUCAAUUACAGUAUGUGUUUUUGUGUUAUUGCUUUACUCAUCAGGAAGAACCCCGUACCUUUAAAUCAUUCAAACAACAUACAAUUAAAUCAGUUUGUCUUUUAAAGUUAUGGAGGUUAAAUAACUAUGUUCAGGGAGCCUGUCAUUCUUUUUUUUUUUUACAAAGUUUCAAUAAUUGUCAGAUCAUUAUUCCACAUGAUAGAAGUGAAAAUAUGUUUUUCUUUUUGCUUUUAAGAUCAUGUUUUAAGCCUACUCAUUUUCCCUUUAGCAGUCAUUUUUUUAAAUCAUAAUUGUUUAUACCUUCAAUCAUAAUAUCUCUGUGGAUCUCCAAACAAGGAAUUUCUUUAAUUGAUUGUAUAUCUUAAUGAGCCAGCAGGGGGAGCCAUAUGCUUGUUAAUAAACCAUAUUGAAGAGUGGGGCUCAAGUUAAUGUUGAACCGUACAAUAAUAGUAUAUAUAAUAAUAAUAAUAAUAAUAAUAGAACAGGAGGCUAAUUCUUACAUUUCAGACAUGUACUGUAUGUCAUCAGUGAAUUUUAACCAGCUUAAAUCUGUGUUUUGUAAGUGCUUUUAGGAUGAUUGUUUACUAAUAAAGAGUAAAAACCUAUUCCACAAUGAACUCCCCCAACCAAGUUCCCUCAAGUGGCAUUUUUGUAUUUUGUUUGUAUUUUAUUCAAUCAAUCAAUAAAUCAACACAUUUUUUAUUUGUA